AACAACAACAGCUUCACCGAGGAUACGAAAAACAAUAGAAGAAACACUAAUGGCGGAGAAACAAAACACCACUUCAAAUGUUAACAUUCAAACCUCAUUACUUGCACUACAAGAAUCAAUGGCCAAACUUCAAGAAAUGAUGGUAAAGAAUCACUCAGAAACAAGAGCAGAUAUUAAUGAACUGAAGGAGGAAAUGGGAAAGUUAAAAACAGAAAUGAGAUCAGAUUUGUCUAAACUUGAUCAAAAGGUAGGGUCAAUUCAACAUGCAUUGGAAAGAAACAAACACACAAUAAAGGAAGUAGAGAAAAGAACCGAACAAACUGAGAAAAAGUUAGAAACGGUAGACCAACAAAUAAAAACAGUGAGUAAAGAGAUGGAGGAUUCCCUCAUUUAUAUUGAAAUGGACAAAGCUGCGUCGUACCUUAGAUUUCAAAAUAUACUGGAAACUAAAGACGAGGACCUUGAGCUAGCGAUGGCAGAAAUUUUAGCUAAAGCUCUAGAUAGAGACAAGGAGAAAAUGCUAAAGGAAAUGGACGACGUAUACAGGGUCAGCACGAGUUAUGCAAGGAGAAACAAACUUCCCAAAGAGGUCCAUAUUCGAUUCACGAGGAGAAAAGUUAGGGACAUAAUUUAUAAGAUAUCUAGAGAAGAAGCUAUAGUAUACAAAGGAAAGGAGAUCCAGAUCCUCAAACAAAUCCCUAGAAGAGUAAGGGAGCAGAAAAGGGAUUACAAAUUUUUGGCUACACAGUUAAAUAAGCGAGACAUUCUAUUUCAUUGGUUGAUCCCAGAAGGAAUGUUGGUCUCUUGGGAAGAAAAGAAGAUUAAAAUAGAUACUCUAGAAAAGGCGCAAGAAUUGUACAAGCAACUAGCGGGCUUGGAAGAUCAAAGUAGCAAAGAAGAUCUAGACUCAAACUCUCAAGAAGAACAAGACCAAUCAAAAAAUAAAGAAGAAAAACAAGAAGUAAGAAAAACUAACCAGCAACAACAAGAAAGAGAAGACCUUAAAUCAAUGAACAUAACCUAAAGGUAAAUAAGAGCAAUCAGGAGAAAAAGAACCAGAUAUAAUUAGAACUAUGGAAAAAGA